AUGGACACGACAAAAGAUGAAUUCAACAUUCCUAAUGUUAUCAUGGAUCCACGGACGCGCACCCAAUAUUCCAAAGGAAAAUUUCUUGGAAAAGGUGGUUUUGCUCGAUGUUAUGAAUUGAUCGAUACUAAUACUGGACAAACAUUUGCUGGCAAAGUUGUACCUAAAUCAAUGCUCGUUAAACCACAUCAAAAGGAGAAGAUGCAACAAGAAGUGACCAUUCAUCAAUCGCUUAAUCAUAAACAUAUUGUUCAAUUUUUUUCAUAUUUCGAAGAUGAAAAUAAUGUUUACAUCAUCCUUGAACUUUGUCGUCGACGCUCAUUGAUGGAAUUACAUCGCCGACGUAAAACCGUAACUGAGCCUGAAACACGCUAUUUCGUUAAGCAAAUUGUUGAAGCAUGUAUUUAUUUACAUGAAAAACGUAUUAUUCAUCGAGAUCUCAAAUUGGGCAAUUUAUUUCUGAAUGAUCAAAUGGAAAUCAAAAUCGGUGAUUUCGGUUUAGCAACACGAGUGGAAAGUGAAAGCGAUCGAAAAAGAACACUCUGUGGAACUCCAAAUUAUAUUGCACCUGAAGUGAUCAAUAAGAAAGGUCAUAGUUAUGAAGUUGACGUAUGGAGUUUGGGUUGCAUUUUCUAUACAUUAUUACUUGGUAAACCACCCUUCGAAACAUCGUCGUUAAAAGAUACAUAUUCAAAAAUCCGUAAAAAUGAUUAUUUAAUACCAGAGAAUCGCAUUAGUCGAGAGGUUGUUCUUCUUAUUCAACGUUGUCUGAGACAUGAACCGUAUGAUCGACCAACAAUGCAGCAAAUCUAUAUGGACCCGUUCUUUUCUGGCUUCACACCGGCAACGUUACCAACAUCAGUUUGUACAGUUGCACCACGUUAUUCAGUUAUGGCACCAUUAAAUCAAGUUCAACAACAAACAAUCAUCAAUGCUAGUAAAACAAUCAAUCAAAAUCCAAUGACAGCAUCUAUGCAGCAACAACAACAGCAACAGCGUCGACCAUUCACUGAACAACAGCAAAAUGAACAGGCAUUGAUAGCAUCACGCCAUCAACAAGUGGUCACUUUACCAACGCCCAUUUUGAUGAGCGAACGUCCGAACGAUGUACAUGGUGUUGGACGGCCUAUAUCGGCAGCAGCACCGAAUCAAACUGAUAUUGUUCUUUCGUCUCAAAUGGCUCGACAACUAACUGGCCUUGAUGGCGGUGGAUUUGUUCAAGCCGGCGCAACCAACGAAGAGAUAAACGAUGAUCUUCAUCUAGCUGUCGAUCUUCAAAGACAACUGGAACAUUUGAUACAAAUGAAACCCAACGAAAAACUUGAUAAACGGGAAGAUGAAGCCGAAGAUCCAGCAUCAGCACCUAUGCUUUGGAUAUCCAAAUGGGUCGAUUAUUCCGAUAAAUACGGUUUAGGUUAUCAAUUAUGUGAUGAUUCCGUCGGAGUAUUGUUCAAUGAUUCGACACGAUUAAUUAUGACAGCUGGUGGUGCUGAAAAUCUUCAAUAUAUUGAUCGAGAAGGUUUCGAACACUUGUGUACAAUGAAAGAUUAUUCUGAUCAAUUGAAAAAGAAAGUUACUUUGCUUAAAUAUUUUACUUCGUAUAUGGAUGAACAUUUACUUAAGGCCGGUGCUGCUCAUGCUCCCAGACCAGGAGAUGAACUUUCUCGACUUCCAUUUGUCAAAUCCUGGUUUCGCACACGUAAUGCUAUUGUUUUCUAUCUCUCCAAUGGAACAUUACAGAUAAACUUCUUUCAAGAUCAUACAAAAGUUAUUUUAUGCCCAUUAAUGAGUGCUGUGACCUACAUAAACGAACAUCGCGAAAUUCGUACUUAUCGUUUACCAGCCUUAGAACAAUGCGGUUGUUCCAAACAAUUGUUUACACGUAUUAAGUACGCAAAAAGUAUGAUUGAUCGCAUUUUGGCUGCUAAAAGUAAUCAAAAUCGACUUCAUUAA